UUCGGCUUGAACGAGGAACGCCUUUCAGAAAAGUGAUAUUUUGGCCUAAUUUUCGCCAGACAGCAUGCCUUUUGAUAGCAAGAGAAUUAACGGGCCAGAAGUAACACAACCUGUUGUGUACAAGAGUAAAAGCAACAAUAAUGAGCCAUUGAUUCGGAAAGAUGGUUGUCGACAAGAUGGCCGUCGUCCGGACGAAUUACGGCCGAUGUUUUUGCGUGCAGGUGUUGUAAGCCAAGCCAAGGGUUCAGCUUACAUAGAGAUGAAGAAUACAAAAGUAAUAUGUGCCAUUUAUGGCCCACGAGAGGCACCAAGGAGACAAGAAUUCAGUAUGAAGGGGAGACUGACAUGUGAAUUCAAAUUUGCGCCCUUCUCUUGUAUUUAUAGAAGGAAACACAUUCAGGAUGCUGAAGAAAAAGAAAAUUCAUAUCUUGUUGUACAAGCUUUGGAACCUGCCGUCUGCUUGGAGAAAUUCCCCAAAGCGCAAGUCGAUAUUUACAUAACUGUCUUGGAAAAUGAUGGGAGUGCAUUAUCGGCUGGUAUUAUAUGUGCUUCUGUUGCCUUAGCAAUGGCUGGUAUAGAAAUGCUCGACCUUGUCUCAGCAUGCACUAUGGUUCAGAGUGACAACCACAUCCUGAUGGAUCCUUGUGAAAAAGAGAUCCACUCUUCUUUAGCCAGUGGCCACACAAUGGUUGCCAUACUCCCAUCUCUUAAUGUGGUCUCUGGACUUGUACAAGAGGGGGAGCUCACUCAAGAUGCAGCAACUAAGGCCCUUAGUUCAUGUAUUGAGGGCUGUGCAAGAAUCCUUCCCAUCAUGCAACAGGCACUUGUGAAAAACAUCAAGACACAGUUUACAGCAACCAAACCAAGCUGACCCCAACACACCUGCUUUAGGCAUUUCUAUGUACAGAAUACACUCUUGCCAUUAAAGUAGAAUUUACAUAUG